AUGAAUUGCUUCGUGUGUUUUCCAUCCCAUGGGAAGAAAGCUUCUGACAAGACAAAUGGCCGGAGGAAAGGAGAGUUGUCAAGAGAAGUAGCCGUUGCACCAAAGCCAAAGCCUGAAAAUCAAAAGCCAAAGGUUGCACCAAUUGGAACAACAAAAAAUAAUGAGGACAAUAAAGAAAAUGGGCACGGCAACAACAACAUUGCUGCACAAACUUUCACAUUCAGAGAAUUGGCCACGGCAACAAAGAAUUUCAGACAAGAAUGUCUGGUGGGUGAGGGUGGAUUUGGAAGAGUUUACAAGGGGAGACUGGAGAAGACUGGCCAGGUUGUGGCAGUCAAGCAACUUGACAGGAAUGGAUUGCAGGGAAACAGAGAGUUUCUUGUUGAGGUUUUGAUGUUGAGCCUCUUACACCAUGGAAAUCUUGUAAAUCUGAUUGGUUACUGUGCUGAUGGAGAGCAGAGACUUUUGGUGUACGAGUACAUGUCAUUAGGAUCUCUGGAGGAUCAUCUACUUGAUCUACAACCAGGGCAAAAGCCAUUAGAUUGGUUCACAAGAAUGAAAAUAGCUUUAGAUGCUGCAAAGGGUUUAGAAUAUUUGCAUGAUAAGGCCAAUCCCCCUGUCAUAUAUCGUGAUUUGAAAUCCUCCAACAUCUUGCUGGACAAGGAUUUCAAUGCCAAGCUUUCUGAUUUUGGAUUAGCCAAGCUUGGACCUGUUGGGGACAGAUCGUCAAGGUUGAUGGGAACAUAUGGGUAUUGUGCCCCCGAGUAUCAAAGAAUAGGCCAACUCACAGUGAAGUCAGACAUUUACAGUUUCGGAGUUGUUUUGUUGGAGUUGAUCACCGGAAGAAAAACCAUCGACACCACGAGGCGUAAUGAGGAGCAAAAUCUUGUCACUUGGGCAGAACCAGUAUUUAAGGAUCCUCCAAGGUUCCCGGAACUAGCCGAUCCACGUCUUGAGGGACAUUUUCCAGUGAGAGCACUACAGCAAGCAGUAGCAGUAGCAGCCAUGUGUCUCCAAGAGGAACCAUCUGUUCGUCCCUUGAUCACUGAUGUUGUCAGUGCUCUGGGUGUUCUUGGAACCUGCUGUCCAGAUGCAGGGGCCACAUCUUUUGAUAAUCCUUCUCCUUCUCCACCGUCCGAUCAUAUCAUGAUCAGUGCAAAUGGGAUUGUUCAUGAUGACGAAAGCCUAAGGGAACGACAACGAGCUGUGGCAGAAGCCAUAGAAUGGGGUUCAACUUCAAGGCAUAAUGCAUCCCGGUGUGGAAGUACUUCUUCUGUGUAA